CUCAUACCUCGUUUACAGGAGAGACCCAACAAGUCAUACAACUUUACCCGCGCCGUUUGGGAUUUUGUAUUUUACGGUCCUGAUUUUUCUACCAAUGUAGCCGAUGAGAGCCGGGAAGAAAUGGGAAAGAAACAAGACAUGUCAACGUUGAUUCAAAUGGUUAAAGAACUGCAAAGGCAGAAUGCUGUUUUGCAAAAUAAAAUGUUAGAGAUUCAAAACGAGUUUACAAUGGAAAGGAAUCGUAGAUCAAUCGAGUAUGUCCGAAUGAGUCAAGAUAAACAAAACGCUACUACUCAAUUUCGAGGUUACAGUGAGAGCAUAGAAACCUUUAAUCCAGAGGAGACAAGAGCUGAGUCUAAGCGAAAGGCUUGGGGAAAAGUACAAAACGAUCAUAAGAAAUUCAGUGUACCGAAUUCAAGUGACUAUUGCGUCGGUGAUGAUUUGAAGUAUUCUGAAGGAGAUUUUGACGAAGAGAGAGAAGCAAGGGAGAACGAUCCCGAAUUAAAUGAAUUAAAGAGACAGCAUAGUCAAAUGGAUACAUACGAAGAUAAAGAUGGCGUAGUCGUUCAUGAUGAUGUAACAAUUUCUGUGAAUGAAAAUGAGGCUGAAGACAGUAGACUAUUUAAUAAUAAUAAUAAACUGUCAAUGAUUCUUCGUACUGAUUCCAGUGCUGUCUGAAAUCCUGAAACAGCAAAUCCUUAGGAACCCAUUCCACCGAGUUAACCACAAUUUGCUACUAUGGAAACUGUCGUCAAUAUGGUUAGAGAUUUCCCCAAAGUGGUAGCGCAUGAUUUUAACAAGAUGUGUCAUUUUGACAGGAAGAAAAUGUUUUUUAAUGUGUUAUAAUUCUAGAAUACAAACCUUACUAACGCCCAUGGCAUGAUCUUUGGGUUUAGCGCAGCGUAGCAACUGUAGCUUUCUUUUUUUAAAUGCAUAAAAAAUGUUAAAUAAAGGUUCCAAAACCAA